GGAAGGACCCAGAAGGGAAGAAAAUCAAAAUCAAAACAAAACAGAAACUGGCCUGAGAUAUUGAAAGGACACAGUUUACAACAGCCUAGCUCUGCAUUCUUGACCACGUCCACACGGCCAUUCAUCUCUGGUACAUUCCUUCAUCAUUUCCAGACAGAUGGACCUGGACCCUGGCACUAGAGGUCUUGGCCAAGUGACUCACUGGUGGUCCCUGACUCUCUGGAAGCGGUCUGCGACGGUCUCUGAAGUUCUGCUAUAGUGAGAACAUGGCAGCUACAGGAACUGAAACAAAGGACCUGGAAAACCAUCACAAUGACUGCUUCAUCCAACUUUCAAAUCCAAACAUAGCAACAAUGAAGGAAGAUGUUCUCUAUCAUUUCAACCUCAGCACUGGCACACACGAUUUCCCUGCUAUGUUUGGAGAUGUGAAGUUUGUGUGUGUUGGUGGAAGCUCUUCCCGGAUGAAGACCUUCAUCAAGUAUGUAGCUGCAGAGCUGGGCCUUGACCAUCCAGGGAGAGAAUAUCCCAACAUCUGUGCAGGCACUGACCGCUACUCCAUGUAUAAAGCUGGGCCCGUGCUGUCUGUGAGCCAUGGCAUGGGCAUUCCUUCCAUCGGGAUCAUGUUGCAUGAGCUCAUCAAGAUGCUGUACCAUGCCAAGUGCUCCAACAUCACCAUCAUCCGUAUUGGCACUUCAGGCGGGAUAGGUCUGGAGCCUGGUUCUGUUGUCAUCACGCAGCAGGCAGUGGAUGAGUGCUUCAAGCCAGAGUUUGAGCAGAUUGUCCUGGGAAAGCGGGUGAUUCGCAGCACCAACCUGGACGAGCAGCUGGUACAGGAGCUGGUGCAGUGUUCCUCAGACCUGAACGAGUUCCCCACUGUUGUGGGCAACACCAUGUGCACCUUGGACUUCUAUGAGGGGCAAGGCCGUCUGGAUGGUGCUCUCUGCUCCUACACAGAGAAGGACAAACAGGCCUAUCUGCGUGCAGCCCAUGCCGCGGGUGUCCGGAAUAUUGAGAUGGAAUCGUCAGUGUUUGCCACCAUGUGCCGUGCCUGUGGCCUGAGAGCGGCUGUGGUGUGUGUCACCCUUCUGGACCGUCUGCAAGGGGACCAGAUCAACACUCCCCAUGAUGUGCUUGUGGAAUACCAGCAGAGGCCACAGCGGCUGGUGGGCCACUUCAUCAAGAAGAGCCUGGGGAGGGCCUGAGCCCUGUGCUGUUUUCCUCAGGAGAAGCCUCUGCAACUCUUGGGCAAUAAACUGAUUUUUUUUCAUAACA